CAAUCCAACCCAUCUUUCUCGCAGCUAUUGCUUUCAGAAAUUGCGUGUCCAGUCCACUAUUGUGUCCAGUUGUGAGAAUUAAAGUGAGUUCACGUUAACACUCUUCACACUAUCACACAUACACAGACUGCGUCACCCGUUGUCAAACUCAAAAAGCUUGCUUUCAAUUCCCAUUUUGGCAUUCUCACUUGUACUUCAUCUCUUUACCACCUCCCAAUUGCUUACCAGCAAGAUAAGAGAUCUAUGGAGUUCAGUAGACUCCACUACUUUACCUCUCUGGUUUUACUCUUCAUUUCAGGAUUUGUGCUUAGUGUGAGCUCAGUUGGGAUCAACUAUGGCCAAAUUGCUAAUAAUCUUCCAACCCCAGAGAAUGUAAUACCACUAGUGAAAUCAAUUGGUGCUACUAAAGUGAAGCUGUACGAUGCAGAUCCGAAAGUUCUUAAGGCAUUUGCAAACACUGGAGUGGAGUUCAUUGUUUGUUUGGGCAAUGAGUACUUAUCCAAAAUGAAAGAUCCAGAUAAAGCUGCAGCAUGGGUCAAACAAAACGUUCAAGCUUAUUUACCAGCUACAAAAAUCACUUGCAUCACAGUAGGCAACGAAAUCUUAACAUUUAACGACACUUCACUAUCUGGGAGUUUACUUCCUGCCAUGGAAAGUGUCCACACUGCAUUAGUUAAUCUAGGACUAGAUAAGCAAGUCACUGUCACUACUGCACAUUCUUUAGCGGUUCUUGAAACCUCUUACCCACCUUCGGCCGGAGCCUUUCGUAAAGAUCUGGUUAAUUCUAUUACUCCAAUCUUGGAUUUUCAUUCUAAAACUGGAUCUCCGUUCUUGAUUAACGCUUACCCUUAUUUUGCGUACAAAGGAAAUCCAAAGCAAGUACCUUUAGAUUUUGUAUUAUUUCAGCCAAACCAAGGAAUACUUGAUCCCUCAUCCAAUCUUCAUUAUGAAAACAUGUUAUUUGCACAGAUUGAUGCAGUUUAUUCAGCACUUGGUACUGUGGGUUACAAGAAACUUGCGGUUCACAUAUCGGAAACUGGGUGGCCAUCUAAAGGAGAUGGAGACGAAGCAGGGGCAACACCAGAUAAUGCAAAGAAGUAUAAUGGGAAUCUAAUUAAGUUGAUUUCGUCAAAGAAAGGGACACCCAUGAAGCCCAAUUGUGAUUUGAAUAUUUAUGUAUUUGCUUUGUUUAAUGAAAAUAUGAAGCCUGGACCCACUUCCGAGAGAAAUUACGGUCUGUUUAAGCCUGAUGGAACGCCUGUUUAUGCGCUAGGGAUUAAUUCGAGUACCAACACUACUGUUUCCUUGCCCUCUCCACCUGCCAGCCCCGUUGGUCCUGCCAUGCCCGACGGUUCUACCUCUUCCAAUGGUUAUUUGUCUAUUUCUUCAGCUCCGGAGAGAAAAGUUGAUUACGGCGGUGUUGGAGCUUUUAUGAUUACGUUAGUUAUGAUAAUCAAUAAUGUGGGGCUCUAGAAUUCAGAAAGGGAUUGAACGUUACGCUAAUUAAAAUCAACCGUUAAAGCAGAGAGGGGAAUAAAGAUGCAGCAGUUUGGAGUAGGGGAAAGGGAUAUUUCAAUAUCUAAUAUUAUGUUAGGUUUGGUUCUGAUUGGUAAAUGGACCGCAUUUGUUAUUUUAGUUUAGAAUUAGAUAAAAAUCUAUUAUAGCUAUUCAUUUGCUUGUGUUGUACCUUGUUAUGAACCGGAUGUAGUAUUAUUAUUAUUAUUAUUAUUAUGUGAUAUUAUGAGAAAAUA